UCCCGUUGCUCGAUAAUCGAUGGACUGCUGACGUGGGUGGUGCUCGUUUCGAAGCGAAGUGAAGUACACGAAGGACUUGUGCGAAACUCUGGAAAAACCUGGGGACUCGACCUAGAGAGAAGAUCGUUGCUGCGGUGGGAUGAUUACAACAGAUCGAAAGUCUUCCACGGUCCCAAAGAUGUUUUAACGAGAGAAGACCACUCGGUAAUGAUUUACAGAGUUCAAGUGCGAUGUUUCGAGUUUUUCGAGUCGACGAACGGACAAUAGUUGCGCGAGUGUCUAUCGUUAUUGCGGUUUCCGUUUCGACCUGCCGGUGAUCGAGCGCACGGGGAAGUGAGAUUGUAAAAAGAAAAGUAAAAAAAAAAAGCAAACGAAAAAGCAGGUACGAAAGAAGGGACCAAGAAGAGGGAGUGUCACAACGCGUGUGAAAUGGAUGGUACGCCAAAGAAUAGCGAAGCAGCAGUGUUAAUAUAUGGAUGCCCAUGGGUGGAACUUGGCCGAAAUGUGCCAGCGCUACCAUCACGCUGUACCGUCAGCCCAAAAUUCAUCGCCAGCUAGGGAUCCCUCCGCCGCCAUCGUGCAAGGCUUGUCAACGGCUACGCACAUUGAACAGGCUGGCUCCUCUUAUCCCCACUACACGAUGCUGGAUAAUUAUGACAGGGGUGAGGUGACACCACCGCCGGUGAGCAGUUACGGCGGUUCUCCUGGACUCUUGGCACUUCAUUCCUCGCUUUAUGCGACACCCACGUCGAGGGCCUACGAUAUCGAGUCGAAUAUCGAUGGCAAUGACAGUUCCAUGCCCAUCGAUGCCCAAAUCAUUUCGAUACCGGGGAUGUUGACCGGUCCGGCUCAACAGCGGCUGGAGGACAUGUCAUGGCUAGCGUCCGGUCCGUCCCUCGAGUACCAACAAGGAAUUUCGUCGAUUCCCGCAGGAGUGAAGAUGUGUCAUCCCGGCAGCACAGCCCAGAGGAGCCUAAAGGAGCAACGGAUACGUCGUCCGAUGAACGCGUUCAUGGUCUGGGCAAAGGUCGAGCGGAAGAAAUUGGCCGACGAGAAUCCUGAUCUUCACAAUGCCGAUCUUAGCAAGAUGCUGGGGAAAAAAUGGCGAGGUUUAACCCCGCAGGACAGAAGGCCGUACGUCGAGGAGGCGGAGAGGCUGAGGGUCAUACACAUGCAGGAACAUCCGAACUACAAGUACAGGCCACGGCGUAGGAAACACGCGAAACGGGCCCCGGGGGCACCGUCCUCUCCACCGUCCGCGACCAACACCACGGGCAAUAGGUCCAAUCCCGCCGGUGCCACGAUUCAUCAUUCCAUGUCCAAAAUGGACAGUUACCAAGGCAUUCCUCAGAUCCCAUGGGGCGGCCAUUCACCGAUCUCAUCGUUGUAUCACCAGCAACAGCAGCAGCAAGGCAUUCAGGAGUACAAAUCGGAGAAUAAUUCCUUGUACGGAAGCCCUUAUACACCUAUCAUUCACACUCCGGACAUAUCUCCGGUUGCCAGUCCCGAACCCGAUGGUGACGGACCGCAUCUACCAUCUAGCCAGAACCAGGAUAAUGAACGAGAUCUCAUGGAGGGUACAUCAAAACAACACGGUGAAAUGUCUGAACAAACGAAACGGUAUACUUUUAUGAACGCCGAGAAUCAACUGCACGCAACUCAUGCUGGUGGUACUGUAAUAUCGUCAUGUCAAAAUACUGGUGCUUACACGGAUACUUUGACUUACAAAAAAUCGGUGAGCUACUUAAAUUUCGAACGACAACCAUCGAGCAUAGCGGCGGUGGGUAUAGCAAAUGGAAUGAUGGUGUCGUGUAACAAAUUACGAUCCGGAUUCGAGAACGUUGGAUCUGUAACAGGCACUUUUUAUCCACCGGUCGCAUCACCGCAUGAUCAAUCGUUGCAGCACUAUACCACCACCCAAUCCUCGAAGACUGCCAAUUAUUCGAUGCAGUCUGCUGUCGAGGGUGGCUACAAUACUGUCCAGUGUGCCAAUCGACAGCAGUCCAUGGGGAUUCGUGGAGCCACUGAAGGUUGUUCCGGUGUACCACACCGGUAUCAGAUGUCCCAUCACCAAGAGUACCAGCAGGAGGCUGCCAACACAGGACAACAGCAUCAGAUUCUAGGGCACAUGGAUCCUGGUAUGACCGCCGAAGAGGAGCAACAACAAACGCUACAGCUGGAGAAGUAUUUCAAGUACUCUCACCCGACCAGCGUGGCUCACAGUAGUCUGUCAUCGCAGAAUCUGCUCGACAGUAAUCACAAUUACGCCAGUGACUUGCGUUACUAUGCCCCGCAACAGUCGCAGAUGGACAUCUCGAACUCUCAGUGCAUCAUCGACGAUCAAAGCAAAGAUAAUCGGUGUUCCAACGUCGGUAUCGGUCACACGAUGGACCAGUAUCAUCAGAACAUCGAUGUAGCAAAGUAUCCGGAACAUCCAUCGCAGCAGCAACAGCAACAGCAACAGCAACAGCAGCAACAACAGCAGCAACCUCAGCAAUCUCAGAGUAUGGAACACGUGUCGAAGGCGGACGACGACUUUAGUGUAAUACUUGCGGACGUGCGCAAGACAUGUUACAGUAGCUAG